AUGCAUAUCUUCCGCAGAACGCCGUACAUAUGCCCCAGCUGUACACACAAGUUUUUAAUCAAUGUGUCGAACCGGUUGCCUAUACAUAGCGUCUCAAAAGUAGCACGACAGGCCUCCCGCAGCUACAGCAAUGCAUCCAUCUCGGCGAAGCCGUUCAGACUCGCCAUCAUCGGCUCUGGCCCUGCCGGCUUCUACUCUGCAUAUCGGGUGAUGCAGAAGCUCCAGAAUGCUACCGUGGAUAUGUAUGAACAUCUGCCGGUGCCUUAUGGACUGGUGCGAUUCGGGGUUGCCCCCGAUCAUCCGGAAGUGAAGAAUUGCGAGGACAAAUUCGAAGAAGUCGCGUCAUCGCCUCGUUUCAACUUCAUCGGAAAUGUGAACAUCGGCCAUGACAUCCCCCUCGCAUCCCUCACGCCUCACUACGAUGCGAUCCUUUUUGCCUACGGCGCGUCUAAAGACAAGAGGCUCGGAAUACCCGGGGAGGAUCUACAAGGCGUAUACUCGGCACGUGCGUUUGUGGGGUGGUACAAUGGAUUGCCGGAGUAUGCGCAUAUUGCCCCGCAACUAGAUGCUGGAGAGCAAGCUGUAGUCGUUGGGCAGGGUAACGUGGCAUUAGACGUAGCCCGCAUACUAUUGAGCGGAGUUGAUGCCCUCCGGAAGACAGAUAUCACGGAACAGGCCUUGGAGACGCUGUCACGGAGUAGGGUGAAGUCUGUAAAAGUAGUCGGGCGAAGAGGUCCCAUGCAGGCUGCAUUCACUAUCAAGGAGGUCAGAGAGCUUAUGAAUCUACCUUCCGUAUCAUUCCGGCCAAUUGACUCAUCGCUGUUUCCGCCUGACAUUACGAAGCUCCCCAGGGUACAGAAGCGAAUAGCGCAAGUUCUCGUCAAAGGCUCUUCGUCUCCAUCUUCGUCGUCCGCGAGGUCAUGGGACCUCUCGUUUUUGAUGUCUCCAAAGAGUUUCAAUGCAUCUCCUAGCGAUGCACAUGCACUUUCAAGUAUGGACUUUGAAAAGACACAGUUCGCCUCGGAUUCCGAUCCCUUUGACCGCAAUGCCAAAGUAGAGCCCACCGGAAACAUACUUACAGUGCCAGCAUUUCUUGCAUUCCGAUCUGUUGGCUACAAAUCGGAGGGACUGCCUGAUUUUGAGGCUUUGGGGGUCCCCUUCGACGAUCGUACGGGCAUCAUUCCUAAUGAUGCCUAUGGCCGAGUUAUCAACCCGGAAAUUGGACCAGGAGCCCUGACCGCCGGCCAUGUUCCGGGCAUGUAUUGCGCUGGUUGGGUCAAGCGAGGGCCCACUGGAGUAAUUGCCAGUACUAUGGACGACGCCUUCGUCUCUGCCGACGUGAUUAGCAAGGACUGGGAGCAGCAGGCGUCGUUUCUGAACUCGGAGUUCGGAGGGAGCUCGGGUCGUGGAUGGGAGGGAUUAAAGGGCGAAGCUAUUAAUAAAGGUCUGAGGCCUGUCUCAUGGAAAGACUGGAAGAGGAUCGAUGCGGUGGAAAAGGAGAAGGGUGCAAAGCUGGGCAAAGAGAGGGAGAAGUUCACCAGUGUUGAAGAUAUGCUACGAGUGCUAGAUUCAUGA